UUUCUUAACCUUUCAUAACUCAUCCUAAUUUUUCCAUUUUCCACUACAUCCAUCAUGGCCGCCAAAAUCGCAAUCAUCAACACCAGCACGCGACCCAUCCGGGUCGGUCCCUCGGUCACUGCAUUCGUGAAGGAAAUCCUCGAGAAAGCCGACCCCUCAGCCGAUAUCACCACCGUCGAUGUCGCGGACUUCAACCUCCCCGUCUUCGACGAGCCUGCUGCCCCUGCCAUGAUCCCCGCCAUGGCGCAGCACACCAAAGAGCACAGCAAGGCCUGGAGUGCCGAGAUCGCAAAAUAUGACGCCUACAUUCUUGUCGCGAACGAGUACAACUUCGGCAUGUCGGGCGCGACCAAGAAUGCUAUUGACUUCUUGUACAACGAGUGGAUUGGCAAGCCGAUCUACAUCGUGACGUACGGGAUUAUGGGGGCCACGAAUGCGUCUGAGCAGCUCAAGGCUGUGUUGACCGGGAUGAAGUUGAAGGUUGUGGAGACGAGGCCGAAUUUGGCGUUCCACGGGCUGCAGGCGGGGCCGGAUAUGUAUGCGGCGAUGAGCAAGGGGGAGCUUGGGGAGGGGUCUAAGAAGGAUUGGGAGACCGACAAGAAGGAGGAGCUGAUUAAGGGGUUUACGGAGUUGAAAGAGUUGCUGGCGUCGCCGCCGAAGGCUGAGGCUGUGGCUUGAGAGAAGGCGUGCUUGUUGUAGGCCAUUUUAGUAGACAC